AUGUACCUGGGUUCCAAGGGCGAGAGCAGCACGCAUGAGAAAUGUAUCGCUCAGAAGCAGCAAGGAGACGAGGAGGAGGCUGGUGGUGCCCGCUGGGACGCCGACGCCCGACGCCGCCAUAGCCGCGCAUGCUCCGGCAAGACCCGCCUCUCCAUCCAGGAGAAGCUCGACAUCAUCUACAUGUACUACCUAUCCGAAGCUUCGCCGUCGAGUAGCAGGAGGAUAGUCAACCAGUGGGACAUCGCGCACGUUUUCGGGAAGAGCGGGGCGGCGAUCAGCAAGCUGCUGAAGGCAGAGAACGCGCUGAAGGUGAUGACGACAACGAUCGAGGGGAAGAUGGCGAAGAAUCGCAGGAAGAUUAUCAAGAGCAUCAAGGAGGAGGUCAGACGCAAGAAGGCGGCGGCAGCUCCGACCAAGAAGGCCUGA